UUAUUAUAAUACUAUCGUAUUAUUUCCUUAAAAUAAUUUCAAAACAAAGAUGUAUUGAAUAUAAAAUGGUUGUAUAUGAUAUAAUCUGUCGAUCUACAGCUUCGGGCAUAACGUGAAAACUUUCAUUACAGGUAUUUCGUUGAUCUGCAGCAUGUGGACCCGAUGGACGUUUCUCUUUGAGUAUAAUAUGAAGGCAGGACACCAGAACUGCAGCCGGAUGACCACAGUUGCUGUAGCAGCGAUGAUGACGUUAGCGUGCGCACUGAAAAUCGUGGCGGCCGACGAAGGCAUCGCUAACGACUUGGCCGGGGAUUACUGCGCAAAAGUUGGGUGCUGCUCUGAAAGGCAGGAGGAUUGCUACGCACUGAUAUCGAACACGAGGUGCUACUGCGACGAUUUCUGCUACCAUAACCACACCGUGUCCAAUGACUGUUGUCCCGACUUCAUGUCGGUCUGCAAAGGAGUGACCACGCCCGACCCACCGAUAAUCGACAAAUGCUUCUACGACGACUUGGCCGGGGAUUACUGCGCAAAAGUUGGAUGCUGCGCUGGGAGGAACGACAGUGUUUGCUCCGCACCGAUAUUGGGCACGAGGUGCUACUGCGACGAUGUCUGCUACCUCAACCGCACCGGCUCCGAAGACUGUUGUCCCGACUUUAUGUCGGUCUGCAAAGGCGCCGUACCAACCAUGCCCGACCCUACGAAAAACGAAAAAUGUACUGAAAAACCGAAUUAUUGUAAUCACGGAGAAAUUAUGAGUAUAAAUUGCAAUGCAUGCCAAUGUCAAAAAAUCGGCGAAAACACGACGCUGAUAUGUAACCACGACGAAUGUCUUAUCGAUCCUUCACUCUUGAACACGAUUAGAACCCAAAGUCGUCAAUUUGGAUGGUCUGCCAAAAAUUACAGUGAAUUUUGGGGCGUUACAUAUGACAACGGACUCAAGUUACGGCUUGGUACACUUGAAUCACCGGAAAAGAUUUUACAAAUUGUACCUUUGAAAGCGGUGUUCCACCGAGAUUAUCUGAAGUCAUCUUUUGAUCUUCGCAAAGUUUUUGGUAAUAAAAUUACCGAUCCUAUCGAUCAGGGUUGGUGUGGCGCGUCCUGGGCCAUAAGCACUGCUCAAGUGACCACCGACCGUUUUGUUAUAAUGACCAAAGGACUGAUGCGUGACGCUCUGUCACCGAAACACCUGUUGUCCUGUAACAAUGACCAGCAACGAGGAUGUCAAGGUGGCCAUUUGACCAGUGCUUGGAAUUGGAUUAUGACAUUUGGACUAGUCACAGAAGAAUGUUACCCGUGGGAUGGUCAGGCAACAGGUUGUGCGGUGUCCAAUCAGAGAAGUAACAAUAACUUAAUCGUAUCGUGUCCGCGUUCAGCCAAAAUUUCACCACUUAGACGAGUUGGUCUGAUGUACAGAGUUGCUACAGAAGAGGGCAUUAUGUAUGAGAUCAUGAAUUGGGGAUCAGUCCAAGCCAUGAUGAAAGUGUCUAAAGAAUUUUUCAUGUAUGAAUCGGGCGUGUACAGGUGUUCAAAAUUGGCUUUAGGAUCGAAAACAGGAUAUCAUACUGUAAGGAUUGUUGGUUGGGGUGAAGAACAACAGAAUGGCAAAACAGUAAAAUAUUGGAUCGUUUCAAACUCGUGGGGACUUUGGUGGGGUGAAAGCGGAUACUUCCGGAUACUGAAAGGAACCAACGAGUGUCAGAUUGAAGACUUCGUUGUAGCCGCGAUGGCGGACAUCAGCAAUUUCUGUAACAUAUCGGAUCAGUCGUUCAGAGAAAAUGCUUCAUACACAUUGAAUGGCACCAAAAUCGAUAUAUCUUAAGCACGUCUAUACAUAAAAUGUUUGAGAAUACGUUGUAGUCAACUGAUCCAGAAAAAUAAAAAUUCACGGAAUAAAAAUUAUUCAUAUCACCUAAA